UUAAUAUUAAUUAGAUUAUUAUUAAGAGGAUUAUAAUUGUAUAAUCUUAAAGGGCCUUAAUGUAAGAUUGGGUUUUAUAAAAGGAUGUUUAAGGUGGAAACCCUAGACACACUUUUAUAAAACACAAAACCCUAGCCACCCUCCUAAGCUUGGCCGCCAUCCUCUUGCCGUCGACCAAGCAUCGCCGCCGCCUCCUUCUUGGCCGGUUCUACUCUCGGGUAUCUUGUGCUCGGUUGUGAACUUCCUACUAGCGAGGAUUCGUUAUAACCCGCGUGUUACAAUUCCGGUGUAGUCGUCAAAGAUGUCAACUGAAAACAAUUCCUCCCAAUUCUCUCUCAAGUCCAUCUUAGAGAAGGACAAACUGAACCACUCAAACUUCAUGGACUGGCACCGCAACUUGAAAAUUGUUCUCAAGGCGGAGAACAAACUGUAUGUUCUUGAAACACCAGUCCCUGAUGAACCCAUCAAUCAGCAAACUGUUGCAUAUAGAAACUAUGCAAAGCAGUUUGAUGACUCUAUGAAAGUCUCAUGUUUAAUGUUAGCAUCCAUGAUUCCUGAACUUCAAAGGACCAUGGAUGACAUGAUGGCAUAUGAGAUGAAUGAGCACCUGGUUGAAAUGUUCCAACAGAAGGCUCGUCAUGAGAGGUUUGAUGUGAUGAGAUCACUCAUAACCACUCGUAUGCAAGAGGGUACAUCAGUUAGCGCUCAUGUGCUAAAAAUGAAGGCAUAUGUUGAUCACUUGGCUCGUCUGGAAUCCCCCUUGAGUGAUGAAUUAGCUGGGGAUAUCAUCCUCAACUCAUUACCUAAGUCAUAUGAUCAGUUCACUAUGAACUACAAUAUGAAUGGGAUGGAGAAGACACUUGCAGAACUGCAUCAGAUGCUCAAAACUGCUGAGGUGAAUAUACCCAGCAAGACUGCACCAGUGCUGAUGAUCAAGGAGGGUCAUGUUAAGAAACCUAACACCAAGAAAAAGGGAAAUCAGGCCUCAGAAGGAUGCCAAGUGUUUUCAUUGUAA